AUGCAAUUCAAGAAGGUCUUCGCCAUUUCAGCUGUCGCUGCUGUAGCUUUAGCUGCUAAUUCCAAUAACAACUCCACUUUAACUACUGCUACCCCACACGUUACCAAGGCUUGUUCUUUCUCCGACUUCACUGCCACUGCUUCAAGCGAUGUUGCUCAAGUUGCUGCCUGUGCCACCGCUGUUGGUGACAUUACCAUUUACGGUAAUGCCUUCGGUGCUAUUGACUUAACCGGUUUAGAACAAGUUUUCGGUGAUUUAUCUGUCAUUAACGCUACCCAAGCUGGAACUGUUAACGCCCCAACCUUACAAUUAGUUUCUGGUAAGUUAGAACUUAACGCCAACACCAUCUUAUCCAACUUGAACUUAGCACAAUUAACCACUGUUGGUACUUUAAACUUCAACGCUUUACCAGCUUUACAAACUGCUGGUUUAACCGCUGGUAUCACUUCGGCUGAUUCCGUUAUUAUCUCCGAUACUGGUUUAAACUCAUUAACUGGUAUCAAUGUUUUCAAAUUACAAACUUUCAACGUUAACAACAAUGAUCAAAUUGAAACUAUUGAUUCUGGCUUAAUUGAAGUUACUGACACUCUUGAUAUUUCCUAUAAUGCUGAGAAGGUCGAUGUUAUCUUGAACCAAUUAAAGGGAGCCAACAACUUCAUCUUACAAUCCGUUAACUCUGUUCAAGCUCCAAACUUGACUGCUACUAACGGUACCCUUGCUAUUUCAUCUUCUUCCGUUGACAAGAUUCAAUUCAAGAACUUACAAACCAUUGGUAAGUCUUUAGUCAUCAAUGACAACGCUGACUUAGAAGAAAUUGACUUCCCUCAAUUAACUUCUAUUGGUGGUGCUUUACAAAUCACCGACAAUGACGACUUAAGCUCCUUCGAUGGUUUCCCUGAAUUAGAAACCAUUGGUGGUUCCGUUAACAUGUCUGGUACUUUCAACAACGGUACUUUCGAGUCUUUAAAGAGAGUUGCUGGUGGUUUCGUCUUAAAGACUGAUGGUGACUUAUCUUGUCAAGCUUUCAACAAAUUGAACAGUAACGGUGAAGUCAAGGGUGACAAAUUCCAAUGUGAAGACAAAGUCACCACCACUUCUUCAUCCUCCAACAAGGGUAACUCCCAAGCCACUGGCUCUUCCGGUGACUCUUCCGAAUCUGGUUCAUCUACUACUUCCAAGAAGAACGAUGCUUCAUCCAACGCUGGUAAAUUAGCUUCCGUAGUUGCUGCUUUCGCCGCUUUCGGUGUUGCUUUAUUCUAA